UUUCGGACCUCUUCCGACAGGAGUUCUUCCCGGUUGUCCAUUCUUCUUUUUAAAAUCUUCCGUUGUUUCUGCCUGUAUUAUGGGGCAUGAAACCGGAAAUGCAGCUCCAGAAGGGAUGUAGAGCAGACCAAUCACAGCCUUGCGGGCUGAGUGAGUUGCGGAGCUUUGCCGUAAAUUUUUGAAAAGUGGGGCGACGCCCGUCAGCACGUAAAAAGGGAUACAUAAGCAUGUAAGGGACCCGGAAGGGCUCUUGCGCUUACAGGCCCGUGAAAACGCAGAAGCAUGUUUCAGGCUUUACGAACAAGUUUCCUGUCGUCUAUACACGAGGACGCUACAAUAUGAACGUGUUCACCGUUCAAAUUCAUUAUUUGUCAUUGAGUUGCAUUCAGUUCAUCGUUCUCAUAAAAGUGAACGUGUGCAUUGAACGCGUUCUUUUGCGUUCGUUCCUGCAUCACACUGGUCACUACAUAACCACUGCGUAGUGCUAAAGCUUCACAGACCUGGGAUCUAACAACUCUAAUACUUACAUGGGCAUUUCAGGGGGGAAUGGAAGCCUGAUAGUCCUUUUUUUACCGUAAAUUCCCUGUUUAACUUGCCAUGUGAAAUCAUAUCAAAACAUGGCAACUGCUGUAUGUUAAGGGAAAUAUCUCCUAAUAUUACAUCUUAUCUGCUAUCAAACCUAAUUCAGUCAGUAAGGGCCAAAGAUUAUUCAAAGUCAUGACAAAGAUGUUGUCAAAGAUGAAAUGAAUGUAUAUGAUCUGGUAUUGAGAAUGUUUUCACCACCCUGUGGCCAGUGCAGGCCACAGUUUUUACUGCACUGUGAAAUGUUUCGGGGCUGCAUGUUGUGUAGGAGUCAGCAGUCUGGACCCGGAGAACAGAAAAAGAAAAAAAAAUACAAUGCAAGCACCUUCUCCCCUGUGAAACUAAACUGUGGGCUUUAACAUACAAAAGCUGGCUUACCACUGAUGGACGGAGUCGUGAGAAGGACAUAAUACUCGUGACGAUAGAGAUGCAUUAUCUGGCAAACUAAUAAACUUUCAGGAUCAGAUCAACAUGAUCUUUUGAAGAAAAAGUGAGUUUUAAUUAGUAGAUUCUUUUCACGGCGUUUUUCCCUAAUUGAGGUGGAAAAAAACAACCAAUCGUCAGGCUGCCGUGAGAUUUAAAUAUGUAUGUAUGUGUGAGAAGUGAAAUCCAGCACACUGUCCUGUAUUUGCAAAAACAACUUUAUCACGUGUAAAUUACAAUUACAUGACAAUGUGCAGGACUCCUCUUCUCUCACCUGCACGAGCUUUGUCUUCAACGCACCUGUCCACUGUAUUUCUGAAGGUGUAGCCCUUUCAGUGUUGUAUGCAUGUGUGAGGAGCAGGCAACGUCCAAACUGCAUUUAUUCUUUGCUAAAUUCUCCUAUUGCUAUUCCAAAGUAAUUCUCUGGAGCUUCUACGGUGCGGAGACCAAAUAUAUAUGCCUGUGUGUUUGUGUGUGUGUAUGUGUGUGUUCAGAGAUACACUGCACCAUGGAAAAGGGAACUCGGAGAUUCAACAGUGGCAACUAGACAAACAGAUCAUAGAAACCACCAGAAACUGUCGCGGCCAGCGUUUUUUAUUCCAUGCAUAAAGGAGAGAAAGCGGUGAGGUCAGCAUGAUCCUUUCAGAGGUGCAGCCCUGGUCAGCAUGAUGCUCCAGUGAAGAAGCUCAAUGCCCGGCCCUGCUCUCCCCUCUUCCUCCCCGACCCUGGAUUUUCCAGCGCUUUAUCCGAUCUGAGCCUCCAAACCCACCCAGCGCACACAAUGUAAACGUCUGGCCUAAUCAGUUCUGCCGCCACACACCUAAUUUGUACCAAUCCACAGCACAAGUAGAGAAAGUGCUCGUGCUUUGGCGAUCACAGUUUCGAUUAGAGUGAAUGUUUGAUUGUACAUUUCCAGGGAGACAAUGAAAGGACGAUGGUGGAAAAUAAGUUAAAGAUUGAAGUUGUGCUUGUAUUUAUGUUUUGUGUGCACCAAUAUCAAAAUAAAUAGAAAAAGAAAAACUGCCACUGCACUUCCAGUCCUACCAGCUCAAAGAUGCUGCCCACCCCAUGGCCACUGUUUAAUAAGGGAAGUUUUCAGUCUGACGUGUUAUGAAAGGGAUUUUCUACAACUUUGUGUUAGUGCUUCAAACAUGGUGGUAUUUAGGGACUAGAUAUUCACCUCCCAUCUCCAGAGGUGUAGCUGAACCCUUGAAAAGCUGGAAAUCCCCCAGUGUGAAUGGAAGAUGUUGUAUUACUACACCAACCCCAUCUCCACAAUUCCUCCUUUCAUAAACACCUUUUACACCAAGCAAGUGCAGUAUUUUUAGAGCAUUACCACGUCAAUGAGUUUAAGUAAUUGUCAAGCUCCGCUUUAAAUAUUUCUGAACUUUAUAAAAAAUUGCAAACUGUAAAUGUGGAUUCAGAGUGAGCAGACAGAGGUCAGGGCAGGAGAAGGGUUAACUUAUUUUGUUUUUGAUUCGGAGUAUUGUGCACUGGCUCCUCCCCUGGGAUCAGUGGGGCUACUCCUGCCCUGGGGUGUUAUAAAAAGGCCUCUGAGCUCCCCUGCUCUGGUAAAGAGGCUGAAAGUCUGCAGGACAUGCUUAACGUUUGUCUAUCCAUGUACUUCUACUAACGACCAGCAGGGCUGGCACAUAGAUGCACAGAGACUGGCGUGCUGCUCCACUCAGUAGCUCUCUAUGACAGAAAUCAGAAUUCAGUAGGUUACAUGAAAGUUGCAUGUUGAGCAGUUUACGUGUUAUUGCAUCUAGCUUUAGAGACGCGGUGUCUGUUUGAGGGCGAAUUUUUGUCAUUUAAUUUAUGCUCUCUGGUCUGCAACAGUCUUUUUUGUGCAUGAGAGGCAUCUCCUUUUAGUUGAUUAGUUUGUUCAUCUUUUGACUUCUCAUCCCUCCAUCGCUCAGAGGUUGUUUUUUGACCUUUUUGCAUCAUGUGGGAGUUCAGAUCUAUGUCGUUCUGGCGGGCGGUGUUUGCCGAGUUCUAUGGCACCAUGUUCUUCGUAUUCUUUGGGCUGGGGGCAGCCCUCCGCUGGACCACAGGGCCGCUUAAUGUCCUCCAUGUUUCAUUUUGCUUUGGGCUGGCGGCUGCCACCCUCAUCCAGUCCAUUGGCCACAUCAGCGGAGGUCACAUUAACCCAGCCGUUACCUUUGCCUACCUGAUUGGCUCCCAGAUGUCCCUGUUCCGUGCCUUCUUCUACAUCAUAGCCCAGUGUCUCGGAGCAAUGGCUGGUGCUGCCGUGCUGUAUGGGGUCACACCCAGCAACAUGAGGGGAAACCUGGCACUCAACACGCUGCAGCCAGGCAUCAGUCUGGGCAUGGCCACCACCAUGGAAGUCUUCCUCACCCUGCAGCUUGUUGUCUGCAUCUUUGCUGUGACUGAUGAGCGGCGCAACGGACGUCUGGGCUCUGCUGCCCUCGCCAUCGGCUUCUCUGUGCUCAUGGGGCAUCUUCUCGGGAUGUACUACACUGGAGCAGGAAUGAACCCAGCAAGGUCCUUCGCCCCCGCUGUCCUGGUCAGGAAUUUUGUCAACCACUGGGUGUACUGGGUGGGUCCCAUGAUCGGUGGAGCCCUGGGUGCACUGCUGUAUGACUUUAUGCUGUUCCCCCGUAUGCGAGGCCUCUCCGAAAGGCUCGCCACACUGAAGGGCAUCCGGCCCCCAGAGGCUGAGGGCCAGCAGGAGACCAGGGGAGAGCCCAUCGAGCUCAAGACACAAGCUCUAUAAGUCCCGAAUAGAAGAUUGGCUUUCUGACCCCUCCCCACACAUCCCUCACCCAUAAAAUCUCACUCCGCACCCUCAGUUCCCGGUCCAUCCUCGGCCUGUUCAGCGUCUCUGCACACAUACCUCCUCAGCGUCUACACAAAUGUUAACACGUAUCCCGAACUCCUAAUUGUGCACCCACAACUGAAUUAUAUCCAAGGGGCACCCACAGCCCUGACCUUCUCGCCUGAUUCUACAUCUACUCACCCUUCCUCCUCCCACCUCCUCCUCCUCCUUUGGACUGCAGGACAAAAGAUGGAGGGUUAGAAGAAGACUUGCCACUGAAGGAAGCACCCUGUGUCCUGCGGUGUGGGUCAGUCAGUCACUUCCUGGCUGUGACUGCUCAGGACAGGGUCUUCUCCCUCUAUCCUUCCCUUUCUAUCUCUUUUUUUCCUCUCUAUUUCGUAGUCUGCUAGGAGUGAAGCUACAGUAGAGCAGUGGACUUCUGCAUGCUUUUCCAUUUUGAUCCGAUGUGAUCUCGCCCAUCGUUUUUUUUUGUUUCAUGAACUUUGGGUAAAUUACAUGUACGUAUUGUACUUUAAGAGUAUUUAUUUGGCUCACUUUUUUUUCAGUUGUAUGUGCGUGUGUGUGUGUGUGUGCGAGCGAGAGAGAGAGAAACCCAGAGUGAGUGUGCAUGCAUGUCUGUGUGCAUGUGUAUGCUUGUGUGCAUGUUUUAAUGGAUCAUUUAUUUUUCACUUUUCAUUGCCACAAUACUUUGUUUGUAUCAAGAUUAUCAUUAUUAUUAUUAUUAUUAUCAUUAUUACUAUUAUUAUAGAUUCAUCAUGCAAAAUAUUUUAGGGAAAGAUGUUUCCUUUUCCACAUCCUCACUGAUACUGCAGAGUUUAUUCCAGAUUCUUUUUAGAGAGAGAUCCCCUUUUUAUAUCAGAUGCAGAUAAUUCAUCUUAAAGCCAAAUUCAUUCAGUUUGUGUCUCAUCCAGUGAAGCACACACGUUCAUUCUUAUAUUAAAAUCUUUCCUGAGCUUAGUCUUCAAUGAAGGUACAUUUACAAAACUUGAAAGCUGUGGCACAUUGCUUUGUAGGUGGGAAAUCAGGCUUUUACCAAGAUUGAGAUGACUUAUCCAGUAUUUGUGUUGGGUUACAUUUUUAAAAUUACCUUCUGACAGGAUUUUGUCCUUGAAGCUUUCGAGAUUCAUGUACAGGUGUGUGAUAGUUGGUUUGCUUUUUACUUUUGCGUGUCUGCCAUGGAAGAAUACCAAGCGAGCAAAACCUGACAAGCUGUCAUGACGAACACGUGUUUUCCAGUUGAAUUGUGUUGUUUGACACAACCGAGGCGUCUCUGUUACAUCAACAUCCAGGUUAGAAAUGACAGAGUGCAUGAGGUGUGGUGGCUUCUUGCUGGUGUUAAGCAAACACCUGGUGCCUUCUCUUUUCGACGCUGAGCUGGGUGGCUCUUUAGGAGUGAUAUAGUUUCAAGCCCCUCUCUGAUAUUCGGGAGAAGGGAGGAGGUCACUGCGAGGCGACUGAACUCUUUAGCGUGUUUGUACAGGGUGACACAUGUACACCUUUAUUUUCAUACGGUCUAUGAGAGCACAUGAACUUUGAAGCUCUGCGCUGGCCCCGGCGUCCCCUCUCUCCUCCAUCCCUCUUUUAAUCACCCUACCUCCUCCCUUUGUUUUUGAGGCAGCCGUCUUGUUCUGCUCCGAUGAGGGGACAUCCAAAGCUGCUGGGAUGGAGGGAAGGGGACGGGGCACUGAGAGAAGUGAGCAUUUUACAAAAUUUCACUAGAGCAGUCAUUGAACCAGACAAGUAAGCUGAUUCUCCUUCUGCUUCCUCUACAUAACUUUUUUUUUCAGUGUGAUUUCCCUGGCAGUGGUUGAGUAGAAUUUAGUGGCAUGUUGAAAUUAGAAUUUGUGUUCUAAUGGAAAAGCUUUGUGAUGUACAGUGUAAAGUUUUUUUUUUUUAAAACAACACAUUUCUUGAUUGUUGAAACCGGAUGGGUAGGAAAUAUAAUAUCAUAGUUAUGCAAUGUCUCCUCUUUGGCUGAUGGAUUAUGGAAGUGAUGCCAAUAAUGUUAUACAACGAUAUGUUUUCAUCCAAUGAACAGCCUUAAUGGAACCAGGCGCUUCCCAAUCUCUA